AUACUCUGAGCGUCACACGAUGGAGAGGUAUACAGGUCGCGUUGCCCUGGUGACGGGCGCCAGCUCAGGUAUUGGCGCUGCCAUCGCACAGGCGCUGGUCAGGAAGGGCCUCAAGGUCGUCGGACUCGCCCGCAGGGUCGACAAAGUCAAGGCUCUUGAGCUCAAAGAUGCCCCGGGCAAGCUGUACGCCCUUCAGGGCGACGUCAGCAGCGAGGAGAGCAUCUUGUCCGCCUUCAAGUGGAUCGAGGACAACUUGGGAGGUGUAGAUAUUCUCAUCAACAACGCUGGUGUCAUCGGGGAACUACCUCUGACAAGUGCGAAGACAGCUGACUGGAAACGAAUACUGGACGUGGAUGUUCUGGGGCUGUCCAUCUGCACUAGGGAGGCAUUCCAGAGCAUGCUGAAGAGGGGCGUCGAUGACGGGUUCAUCAUCCACAUCAACAGUGUGUUGGGCCACAUACCGCCUGGCAGCUCCGAUAUAGCGAUGUACGGCGCAGCCAAGCAUGCUGUCACGGCCCUGCUAGAGGGACUGAGGAAGGACCUCGUCGCCAGGAAGAGCAAAAUACGGUGCGGGCAAAUAUCUCCGGGUUACGUGAGGACAGAGAUCCACGACUUCCUUCCAAAGUAUACCCCCGAAGUUCGAGAGAAGACACCGUGGAUGGAAUCCGAGGACAUAGCAGAAGCUGUGGUCUACAUGUUGUCGCAGCAUCCCCGUGUCCAGGUGCAUGAUAUCAUCAUUCGUUCUGUGGGAAGUGAUUUGUAAUCUUUUUUUCAUUACAAUAAACUGCACACAGCACUGCAGUCGUCUUCACGAAAAUAAUUGAUUUUUACUAACUCCUGUAAGCAACUGUUGCACUGUGUUUCUAUCAUCAAGUUGUUAAUAAAAACAGUUGUGUAAAAA